AUGGACGGACUCAGCUCCGUAAUUGUUCCGCUCUACGUCUACCCCUCAGCAGGCGCGUGGGAUCCGUUUCACGAUGUGUACGAUACGGUACCUCUACUAUUGUCGCUACUCGUUAUACUGGGACUAACGACAUGUACUGCUUUCAGGGCAUCAUCAUUCCCUCGCAUACACUUUACGGUCGUGGUAAACGUGCAUAACGGGCCUGGAGAGGGUGCACUACCAAACGCAGAAUACACCGCAGCCAUCGAGGUCCUCAACUCGCUCAGUAAUGUACGCACUAUCGGCUAUGUGGCAACCACGUGGUGUACCAGGGACUUGAGUUCUGUGCUGGAUGACAUUGCUACGUUCUCAUUCUGGGGCGAAUAUGAUUCCUCACUGGCUCUGAGUGGUGUCUUCGUUGAUGAGACGCCUACUCAAUACUCUACAGACUAUGCCGUGUAUCUCGAUAGCAUCGCUCAAGCUAUUCAAGACAGCACCGGACUAAAGGACAACUAUAUUGUUCACAACCCUGGCGCUCUUCCAGAGCCUCGUUACUUUGAUGAGGCAUUGUUCACUGGGCCGGACUUGACCGUUGUUUUCGAGAACUCAUUUUCCAAUUGGACGACUGAAAGUGGCGAGCUCUUCAAGGCGACGGGUUCAUAUGAUCGCGAAAAGCUUGCGCUGCUUGUGCACUCCACACCGAAUCUGUCGAUUCUUGAGACGGCUAGUACGCUAUUGCAAUUACUAGCUGUAGGCCGCGGCAUCUGGCUGACAGGUAGCUCGAACUAUACCGAGCUUGACGGUGUGCUACCUGCGUUUAUCGAAGGCUUGGAUGCGCUGUUGCGUUGA